AGAACAUUUGAAUUCGGGUGAAAGAAUCAAGAAUCUCGUAGUUUUUGAGAUGAAGAAACUUCUUGUGUGUAUCGCUCUCGUUCUGGUCUCGUUGUCUCGAUGCGUUGAGUCUCAGAUUGAAGUUGGGUUCUAUGAGGACUCGUGCGAGAUGGCCGAGUUCAUCAUUAAGGAUGAGGUCACGAAAGCUCUCAACAAGGACAAGGGUUUGGCUGCCGGUCUUGUGAGGAUGCACUUUCAUGAUUGCUUUGUUAGGGGUUGUGACGGGUCCGUGCUCAUCGACUCCACUCCGUCAAACACGGCUGAAAAGGAUUCUCCAGCCAACAAUCCUAGUCUGAGAGGAUUCGAAGUAAUCGACAAUGCCAAGACUAGGCUUGAAGCUAUGUGCAAAGGAGUUGUUUCCUGUGCUGACAUACUAGCCUUUGCCGCAAGAGAUAGCGUGGAGAUUACGGGAGGCUUUGGGUACGAUGUUCCUGCAGGAAGAAGAGAUGGUAGAGUCUCUUUAGCUUCAGAGACUCUGACAAACUUACCUCCCCCGUCUUUCAAUGUCGACCAACUCACACAAAACUUUGCCAACAAGGGUUUCACUCAACUAGAAAUGGUCACGCUCUCCGGAGCACAUACAAUCGGUCGGUCUCACUGCACUUCCUUCAACAAUAGGCUGUACAGCUUCAAUGCAACUGUGGACCAAGACCCGAGCUUGGACUCCAGAUAUGCAGCCAUAUUGAAGCAAAAGUGUCCACAAGGCAAUGAUCCGACCCUAGUUGUUCCAAUGGACCCCCCUAGCCCGAACACGAUGGACACAAGCUAUUAUCAGGGCAUAAUUGCGAAUCGAGGCUUGUUCACAUCGGACCAGACACUCCUCACAAACCCUACAACUGCAAACCAAGUUAAUCAAAAUGCAAGAAAUCCAUUCAUUUGGAAGAACAAUUUUGCUGCUGCAAUGGUGAAGAUGGGUAAAAUCGGUGUCUUGAUCGGAACUGCUGGGGAGAUUCGAGCGAAUUGCAGGGUCAUAAAUGGCUAGCUGAGAGAACAUUAAUACUGUGCAAGGCCGAAAGAGUUUUUGCUUCUAUAUUUUAUGUGUUUUGUUUCUUGUAUUCGUUAAAGUUGAA